AUGGGUCAAAAGCCAGGGGUAAUUGCAUCUUGGAAAGCCAAAUGCCAAGCUGUUUCUAGACUUCAGCAGCAGGCAGCUUUGGACUUGGAACAUGAGGGUGUCGAGCUUCAGUCUCCCCCUGCCCUGUGCAUUCGCCUGUUCAAAAUUCACAUUGUAGGCACAGAAUAUCUUCAGCUGGAGUUAGGACUACAUCUCAAAGAUUCUGGGAGACAGGAUCUUUCAGUGAACCUGGAUCUCAUCAUUUUAGCCAGGCUGACCGACCAGCAGAUCCAGGUCAGCUACUUCUCUCUGUUCCCACCUGGGAUUACAAAUGUGUACCACCCACACCCAGUUUUUUCUUUGGGCUCUGGCAGGAUAGCUCCCGUGAAGAAGGGUGGCGAGAAGAAGAAGGGCCGUUCUGCCAUCAAUGAGGUGGUGACCCAGGAGUACACCAUCAACAUCCACAAGCGCAUCCAUGGCAUGGGCUUCAAGAAGCGUGCUCCUUGGGCACUCAAAGAAAUCCGGAAAUUUGCCAUUAAGGAGUUGGGGACCCCAGAUGUUCGCAUUGAUACCAGGCUCAAUAAAGCCAUCUGGGCCAAAGGAAUAAGGUAUGUUCUGUACUGUAUCCGUGUACGUUUGUCCAGAAAACGUAAUGAGGAUGAGGACUCCCCAAACAAGUGGUAUACAUUGGUAACCUACAUGCCUGUUACCACAUUCAAAAAUCUACAGACUAUCAACGAGGAUGAGAACUAACCUGCUGAAUGUCAAAUAAAGUUGGA